AUGGGUAGCACACCACGGACGCGCCGCAAGACGCCCGCACCUAACGCUCCGGCCUCCAACACCGGAUCCAACACCGGAUCCAACAACACGAAAGCCAUCAAAGUCAAGCAAGAGGAAGAGGAAGAAGAAGAGGGGAAGAGGACCAAGACCUCUCCCGUAGCAGCCCUGGAUGCAGGAUACGAGAGCGACGCACCCAUUGUCAUAGAUUCAGACACAAGUUUGGAGCUGCAGCGAGAGAAGGAGAGCUACCCCGGCGCGAGUACGUGGGCCGAAGACGAGGAGCACCUUUUCGAGAUUUUAUUCCAGAGAGGGGAGAGGCCGAUACUCCCGGGACAUUGGGACGUGGAUUUCCGAGGCAUCCCUGUGGUGGAUACUGUUUUCCAAACGGAUAACGAUGGGCUGCCUCCCGUUGUGUAUGCUCGAUCCGGGAAGGAUUUCCAAGCCACGACGGCGCUUCUGCGCCUCAUAGACCUUACAUCAUCUGUUCGCACCACCGUCCAGUCCGGCCUCCGGGACAAGGCACCCCUCGUCAUCAAAAGGUCCCUCGACAGGUACUUGGCGUGGGCGGCAGAGGACGGCGGCUUCUCCGGCCUGCGGAUCGUGCCCAACAUCUUCACCGCCGUGCUCGACCCCCAGCUCAGCGAACAGGACAUCACGGCCGCUAUGCAGAGGCGCAUGCGCGCGCUGGCCACCAUGCAGCGAGAGUUCCUCAAAGUCGACCGCGACGAGACCUUCUGGGCCGUCAACCACGUCGCCCUGACGAGAGACAACGCCUCGGCGGCGCUCUUGGACAAGUAUCUGCUGGACAUGGGCGCCGACAAGGACCAGCAGGACCAGAAGCCGAUGAUGCUCGACCGCCAGGAAGAAGAGGCCGGCCCCGCCGCGGAUCAAGACGGGCCUGCGUACAGACGCGUUCCGCCCGUGGUGUACGGCCUCUUCGUGCUCCGCUCGAGCGUUUUCCUCCUCACCGUCGACAGCGCAAAGGGGGACACGGCGUACGUCAGUUUCCACGUCGACGUGCAUUUCAUGGACCGGCAUCAGAGCGUGUGGAACGCCCUGACCGUGGCCAUUCCCGUCUGCUUGGCGCGAGAUCAGCUCGUCGAGCGACUUGAUGAGUUUGAGGAAUGGCCCGUCGAGCACGAGGGCGAAAGCGACGGCUGA